CGAGACCCUCAAGCCUAGAACGACCUUGCAACAGCACACUACUGAGCUGCGUAACGUCUUUGACCUUUCCAACUCCUCGUACAGACCUCCUUUGCAAGCAACUUGCAGGACCAAUCGACAGCCAACCAAGACCACAAGACCACCCCCAGCCCCUCUAGCACCCCACACCUCUACCCCAGCUCGUACCCAAAGAGCCGGUGGGCAAGAAAAUCGAGCGACUACCUAUACCCAGAAGCAGCGUCGGCUAAUCGAGUCUGCAAUGGACCGAUUUGACGUCAUCAACUUUGACGACCUCACUGGGCCUGCAGGAGGAAAGUGGAUCAAGAUCGGCGGAGGGUCCUUCGGUGUCGUCUUCAAGGGUGAAUAUCUUGGCACACCCGUCGCUAUCAAGGAAGUGCUGCCCAACAACACAUACGAUGUUGAAAAGUAUUUCGAGAGAGAAUGUGUGCUCAUGAAGGAGGCGAGACAUCCCAACAUUGUACAGUACAUCGGUCUGACCAAGAGUCCUGGCCAGGAUGGGAGGAUCUACAUCAUCUCUGAGUUCGUUGGCGGUAAUAUGCGCAACUACAUUGCAGAUAAGUCCAAGCCCUUUCCAUGGCGGAUGCGCAUCUCCUUUGCCACCGACGUUGCCCGAGCCGUUGCUUAUCUUCACGUACGCAAAUGCCUCCAUCGAGAUCUGAAGGGUGAGAACUUGCUCAUCACAGCCAACGAUCGCGUCAAGAUCUGCGACUUCGGCUUCGCUCGUAUCGCUGCUCGCAACGAGGAUGAAAUGAGAAGGAUGUCUUACUGCGGAACAGACGGUUACAUGUCACCCGAGAUCCUGCUAGGCUUGGACUUCUCACUACCUUCCGACGUCUUCUCCCUUGGGGUCAUCUUUUGUGAGAUAGCAGCUCGUCACCUCGUCGAUGCCACCGUCUUUGCACGACAAAUGCCCGACUUCGGUCUAGAGGAGAGCGAGAUUCGAGACAUGGCUUCACCUGGCUGUCCUGGUGACUUCAUUCAGCUCUGCAUUGACUGUGUCAACACCGAUCCCCUCAAGAGGCCUGACAUGAGGGAAGUAGUGAGCCGUCUCCGAGACAUCGAGCUUGAAGUAACCGCUCAAGAAGAGACAGCAAGCAAAGGCACCGUCAAGGCAGUCGGUAGUGUCCGAGGUAGCUCCUUGCACGUCAUUAUGGGCGGCUCCAAGUUCAGCAAGAGGAACCAAGCUAGGGCAAUGCCAUCCUUCAACUGUUCGGAUGACACUGCCGCCAACGGCUCUACGGCUACCCUUACCUGCUCUCAGCAUCGCGGACACGGCGGCGGUAGCUCAUCCGAGGAAGAGGAUCUUGAGAUUGCCCUAGCUCAACUCGAAGGGCUGAGGAUGACAGCUGACCCUCAGGACAUGUUGUCCCACAAUGGUACAAUGCAAGACACCUUCAAACCUGCUGGACACGGCAAUCCCUGGUGGAGCGACAGCAGCGGGAGCACACAGUCUUCCAUUUCGAACCUCUACGCAGACUGGCAGACGAAUAUGCCAGAGCCAACUCCUCCUCUCGCUAGUCCGGCUAUCACGUUCAGCUCUCUCUUGCCCAGCACUACUGAAAGAUCCGCUGAUGUCGACCUCAAUGCGACCCCGACUGCAUCUGUGGUGGGAGAGCAAGGUGACGCCGUCACUGACUGCAUGGCUGCCUCGACGUUGACCGUCAAGGAGGACAGUAACGACAAGAAGCCCGUUCUCGAAGCGUCUAUCGAGGAAGACAUUUCCGUGCCUGAGGAAAAGAGCCCAGCUUCUGCUCCGUGCAGCUUCAUCUCAGCGUCCAGUCGCUUUUCAAAUGCGUCUGGACAAGAGGAUGCCGAGCGAGGAGAAGCCGAAGCCAAUGACGGCUCUGACCUCGAAUCACUUGCAGCCUCCUCAGUCUAUCCUCCGCUACACCACCGCUUCACCCUCAUUCGCAAUGGCACUCGUCGAGUCACGAUGUCCAAAGCGAAGGAGGGCUUCACGACGCCCUCCUCUCCGGCAACCUCACCUCUGCUACCAACUUCGAGCGCAGGACUGCUGCCUCCAGCUCUGAUGCUCACGCAGGCACUCGCUAGGUGCCACGUCUGUAGCAAGCGCAUCGGUUGGCGUCCCUUUCUGGACUGCGACGACUGUCCUUACCGAUGCCAUGUGGCCUGCGGAGAGGUCGCUGAGCCAUCCUGCCGAGAAAUAGAUAUGCCUCAGGCUGCGAAGGACGCACAGAACAAGCAGUCUGACGUGGAGGGCCACGAUGAUGGCCAGAAUGCUGAGGGGGUCAAGAAGACGCCCAAGAAAUCGCACGGUGCAGUCUGCACUGGUUCAAACGCUCCCCUCUUGACCGUCGUCAAUGCCGAGAGACGGGUCUUUAACAUCGACGAGCUCAACGAAGUCGCUCUUAUUGGCCAGACCCUCACCAAGAGUGGCAAAGACAAAACUUCGGGGUCCGGAAGCGAGGAAGAAGGAAGAUCAGCCCCUCCGAGUCCGCUUCGUGGAAGUAUCUUGGCAGGAGCGGGAGGAGCGGCCGCCAGGCUCAAGAGGUGGAGUAGGGGAGGGUCGACUGCCGCUUCUGCUGGUGCCGCUGGUGCUGCUGGCCGCGGAGUCGUCAAGACUUGAAGGAGAUGCCAAGGGUCUCUUGACGAGUCAGCAUAUACGCAUUCAUCGAAAGAGCAGAGAACGCCUUCCUCAAGUUGCUACAGCCCGACGUGUAUGGACACUAUCUUGUCUCCGCCUAUGAGCUGAUCAUCCCAUUCCUCUCCCUCGUAGUAGUCCUCCUCCGGCUCAGAUCCUUCCCGAAUUACCCUGUCGCUCCAUUCCCUUCACCCUUCUGCUCGAU